AAUUGCCUUCAUCAGUCAGCACCAGCAAGUGUUCCAGCGUACCACUACGGCGUCACAUCACUGAACCGAAGGAACAGGCGACAUGAUCUCGGCUAUUUUUCUAUACAACCAUAAGGGCGAAGUCCUGAUAUCGCGGUUAUACCGGCAGGACCUAAAACGCUCCGUCGCGGACCUCUUCCGUGUCCAAGUAAUCUCCAACGCAGACGUCCGCUCUCCCGUAACAACAAUUGGCUCAACUACCUUCUUCCACGUCAAACACGAAAACGUCUACCUCGCAGCCGUAACUCGGACAAACGUCAACGCGGCCCUCGUGUUUGAGUUUUUGUAUCGGGUCGUCGGGUUGGGAAAGGACUAUUUUGGAAAGUUUGAUGAGGAGAGUGUCAAGAGUAAUUUUGUGUUGAUUUAUGAGUUAUUGGAUGAGAUCCUCGACUUCGGAUACCCCCAAAACUCAGAAUCAGACACCCUCAAAAUGUUCAUCACAACCGAAGGCGUAAAAUCCGAACGCGCCCUCGCCGCCGACUCCUCCAAAAUCACAAUCCAAGCAACUGGCGCAAUGUCCUGGCGCCGCUCCGACAUCAAAUACCGCAAGAACGAAGCAUUUAUCGACGUCAUCGAGAAUGUGAAUGUGUUGAUCUCGAAUACGGGGGCGGUGUUGAGAGCGGAUGUCUCGGCACAGGUUAUGAUGAGGGCGUACUUGAGUGGGAUGCCGGAGUGUAAGUUUGGUUUGAACGAUAAGCUGUUGUUGGAUGAGAGUGCGUUUCAAUCAGGCUCCAGCUCAACAACCCGAACAAAAGCCGCAAAAGCAGCAGCAGGCUCUGUGACGCUGGAAGAUUGCCAAUUCCACCAAUGCGUAAAACUCGGUAAAUUCGACACAGACCGAACAAUCUCCUUCACCCCUCCCGACGGCUCCUUCGAACUCAUGCGAUACCGCGCAACCGAGAACAUCAACCUCCCCUUCCGCAUCCAUCCCAUCGUCAAAGAAAUCGGCACCAGAAAAGUCGAAUACCAAAUCGCCGUCAAAGCAAACUUUGGCUCAAAACUCUAUGCCUCGAACGUCGUGAUCAAAAUCCCCACACCCCUGAAUGCGGUGAAUGUCGACACCCGCGUUUCCCAAGGAAAAGCCAAAUACGACGCUUCCUGCAACUCCAUCAUCUGGAAGAUCUCCCGAUUCACCGGACAAUCAGAAUACGUUCUUAGUGCCGAAGCUGACCUCGCGUCCAUGACACACCAGAAAGCGUGGUCACGCCCACCGAUUAGUAUGGAUUUUGGGAUCUUGAUGUUUACGAGUUCGGGGCUUUUGGUUAGGUAUUUGAAGGUUUUUGAGAAGAGUAAUUAUCAGAGUGUCAAGUGGGUGAGGUAUUUGACGAAGGCGGGGAGUUAUGAGGUGAGGUUCUAAGGAAAAGUGGAGAAUGAUGGGGUUG